GACGGGGGCAGUUUAAUCUUGGAGAAUGUCGUCAACUAUGGGCGUUUCAGCCCUUGUUAGUAAUGAUACGAAUCCUUACUUUUCUGGUCUCUUGAGACACCACGGUUCUGAUUGUGUUACAGAAAGAGUUGGUUAUCGGGAGACUUCUUACAACUCAGUAAAUGUUUCUCCCACUCAUAAUGUGUCACAUAGUCCAUUGAUUUCACAUUCAUCUUCUAAAGAUUCUCUUCCUACCUGUGCUGGAUGCAGACGGACCAUUACAGAUCAAUACCUAUAUCGUAUUCAAGGUUUAGCUUGGCACGAAUCAUGUGCUAUUUGUUCAGUAUGUUCAGCUGAACUGGUAGAAGUAUGUUUUAUCGUUAACAAAAAUGAACUGUUGUGUCACCGAGAUUAUGACCGGCUUUAUGCAACUAAAUGUGCUAACUGUCGACAACCAAUGCGAAGUCAUGAGUUAUUUAUGCGCGCAAAACACCCUACAUCCGUUAAAAAUUCACUUGAUUCCAAAUUAUCAUCUUUAAAUCAAGAAUUAAUAUUUCACGUCUCCUGUUUUACAUGUUGCAUUUGUCAGCAACCAAUAGCAGCUGGUGAAGCUUACAUUAUUGAUCCUGUUAGUCGUCGACCAAUAUGUCAUUCGGAUUUUUUAACUAAACAACAACGACAACAAUCAUCUCCACUUCUACUACAACAGCCUAAUCAUCAUCAAAGUUCCACAACUUUAUAUCCUGUCAGAACAAAUAAUCGUCAAUCGUCCGACCCGAAGUCAUGUACAUCAUCGUCAUCAUCUCCUAGAAAUUGGCGACAAUUUAAUGAAAACACAGAACAUAUUCAUCAAUCUUCAUCAAAUUAUUGUUUAACUAACCAACAGAACGAUUAUGAUGAUAUGGAAUUAACAAGUCAUAAAAAUGAUUGGCCAACAACAGUUAAUCAAGAUUUAGAUCAAAGUUAUCAAUCAUUUAGUAGUGGAGGAUUUAGUUUAAGCAGACGUAUACGAACUUCAUUAACUGAUGAACAACGUUAUCGAUUACAAGAGGCAUAUGAAUUAAAUAUUCGUCCAUCAAAAAGUAUACGUGAGGCCUUAGCCUCUGAGUUAGGUGUACCUAUGCGAGUUGUUCAAGUGUGGUUUCAAAAUCAACGUGCACGUGAUAAACGAGCCUCUGCAUUUGGUCAUUUAAACCCUAACACUGAUAAUUCAUCAGUUACACAUAUGAAUACUAUCAACCCUCAUCAGUUUGACAGUCAUCAAUUGCAUUUGAACGAGCAGCAACGUAAUCAUUGUGACAAACAACAAUCUUCAGAUUUAUGCCCGUUUACUCCAUCUCCGCACACCUCUAUCGAAAGUGGUCCAUUCCCUGAAUUCGGUGGAUUUUCCUCCGAUAAUCUAGUACGUUAUGUUUCCAAUGAUGUACACAAUGAUUCUACUGAUGUACAACAAUCUUGGCGAUCUGUAUCACAUGCUGUAUGGCUUGUAGACAAUGAAAAUGAAAAUUCAACUGUCCGAUAAUAAUCAUAUUGUUAUUGUUGUAUAUAAGUAAAUUGUUAAUCAUAAGAUAAUGUUCCAAUUGUGAAUAAUGAACUAU